AUGUCCUGCCUGCAGGGUUGUAUCCGUCUGAUACAUUGCCGGCGCCUAGAGGCGGGUGGCGGUUCUGACGGCGUGCUCAGCCGCCCAGCGGCGCGGCGCCUGACCGUUGCGACGGAGCUCGUCCAACAGUGCAGCUGGGAUUCUGGCAGCACAUGCACGCUGGGCACAGAGUACACAACGCGCACAUUGUCCGCCGCCAAGUCAGACCCCGUGGCUCAGUUCGUGUCGCAGUCCCUGUCGUGCGCGCGCAUCACUGGCGCUGCGGCGUGCGCCGCUGACCCCGCGUGCGCAUGGGACACGUCGUUCGCAGACGGCCAGGAGGGCUGCUUCAUUUCAGAGGCGUCGCUGCUGUCCGCCCAGCAGCUGUGCGUGCAGCCGCGCUACGCCCGUGCGCUCGGCGCGCUGCAGUCCUGCCUCGCGGGCCGCAGGUCCUGCCAGUGCCCCGACGGCGCGAGCUGCACGGCCGCCACAGGUGCCGGCGGCUGCCAGCCGCUGCUCGGCUGCUGGCUGGCCAAGCUGCAGAAGUCACCGUUUGACGUCAUCCAGCUGGCGCAGGUUCAGAUGCUGCGAGUCGGCCCGCUGCUGGCGACGCUUGCGGUCAACUCGACGGCGACCGGCCUGACGGCGUCGCCGCCGCAGGCGGCCGGCGCGGCGACGCCCGCCAACGGCCGGCGCCGCCUGAUGCAGCCAUUGGGCCUGAACCAGCCCGUGUUUGACGACCCAACCAACGCCAAGAAGAAGGCCGCCGGCCUCGCCGCGGCGCCGGCGCCGGCGCCGGCGGCCGCGCCCGCCAACCCCCAGGCGCAGCUGCAGGAGGGCGGCCAGAACAAGCCGAUCCUGUCGGACACGGCGGCCAUGAACGGCGGCGGCGGCGGCGGUGGCGGCGGCGCCCCUGGCGACGUGGGGAACCUAGAGGCCGGCUCCCUCUUGGAUGCGGGGAUCAUCCAGGUCGACAAUAGCGCCUCGGCGGCGACCCCAAGCGCCCCCGCCGCCGGCGACGACGCCAGCGCCGGCGACGGCGACGCGCUGGCCAUGACGUACGCGCCGCCGUCGUUUUGGAAGUGCCUGGAGGACGCGGCGGUGACGGCGGACACCACGCGCAACUGGGCGGGUAUAGAGUACAACGUCAAGAAGCUGACCCUGGAGACGUGGCUGAAGGUCAUCACAAAGCUGUCCCUGCUGGACUGGGGCAUGAAGGUCCUGGACUGCUACAAGCAGCAGGCCGCCGCCAGCAAGCAGGGCGGGGUCGGCGCGGCCCCUGACGGUCAGGCCCAGGAGUCAUACGAGUUUGCAAUUGUUGCCCUCGUACGCGCGUUUGGCGCGAUGCGGGAUCAGUUUGCGGAGUAUAUGACUGCCGACGCCGCCGCGCGGCCCGCGCUCGCGGCGUCGGGGCUGAAGGCGCUCACGGGGCAGCUGCUGCCGCCGGUGGCGGCCGACCUGGCUGCCAAGUACAACAGCAGCGCGGCCUACUCGGGCGAUUCCCUGCUGCAGUCGCGGGCGCUGGUGGCCGACAUGCUCUGGUUUUCGCGCGAAGCCGCCGCAAUCGGCGAGGCGACGGGCCAGGCCGGGCCGGCCUACGAGGCGCUGUUUGCCUACACAGGGGAGCAGAUGCGCCACCUGCUGCGCUGGCUGUUCAGCGCCCAGUUUGGGGGCCCGCACGGCUACCUGCCCACCGCGCCGCCGGUGGUGCCCGCGGGCCUCGCGGCGUCGCAGGCCCUCUCAGCGCUCGCCGCCGCGGCGCUGCCCGCGGCCGGCGCGCAGCUGACCGACCCGCGACUUUUGGGGCGUCCGCGUCGCGACAGCGCGCGCGACGGCUGA